ACGCGCCCCAGCCACAGCAAUGACGUUGUCGACAUCCCACCCUGGUCUUUCCUUGUACGGGAGCUAGAGCUUCAGCCCACUUCUGCCUGGCUUCUGCACCAACCACGUCACCCAGCGGAGUCUUCCUGUAUUUCUUGCGUCGAAACUGUCCUCACCAGUUCAUCGCCCGCAAGCCCAACAAGACAACAAGGCAACAUCGUGCCUUUGGUCGUCGUGUAAACCGAAUUACGGCCUUUUCUUCCCUUUCCUCUCCAAAAUUUACGAAUAAGCCGAAUCCCGCAAUAACCCUCGCCCAAGAUGACGCUCUACUACACAUUGGUCUUUAUGCUGCUCAUGGCUGAGAUGGGUCUCUUCGUGUUCCUCAUCAUCCCGCUUCCGUUUGCCAUGCGCAGGAAGAUGUUUACCUUCAUAUCCGAAAACCCAUUCGUGGCAAAACUGCAAUACUGGCUGAAGAUUACAUUCGUCUUUAUUCUCAUUCUCUUCAUCGACAGCGUCAACCGCGUCUACCGGGUCCAGGUCGAGCUGGCCGCCGCCGCGGAAAAUAACGGGGGCAAUUCUAGAGGCGCUGCCAUCAUGGGCCACGAGCGACUCGAAGUUCAGGCGCGCAAGUUCUACUCGCAGCGCAACAUGUACCUUUGCGGCUUCACGCUGUUCCUGUCGCUGAUUCUCAACCGGACCUACAUCAUGAUUCUCGAGGUGCUCCGGCUCGAGGAGCGCGUCAAGCAGUACGAGGGCACUGAGAAGAACACUAAGCAGGCCGAGAAGCUGGCCAUGGCCGGCGAGCCCGGCGAGAUUGCCCGCCUCCGCAAGGCCCUUGCCCUCAAGGAGCAGGACCUCGAGAACCUAAAGAAGCAGUCGGCCGGCCUCCACCGCGAGUACGACAGCCUUUCCGAGAAGUACGCCCAGUCCCAGGAGGACGGGACCCCCAAGAAGCUCAAGUAA